AUGCCCGGCAUUCGCGCAGCUCUCCGCGACGUGCACCAUCCUGGAACGCUCUCGUUCACAUUUCGUAUGCCGCCCAAUACCCUUGACCAUCCCGCCGACGACUCCCAGACGCCGCCCUUGAACAACCAAGGCGGCGAUGCUUCUGCUUCAGUUUUUGUCUUUCUCUCUGCUCGGUGUAUCGGCUCUGUGGGCUUCGCUGUGAGCCUAUUUGCCAUCUGGUUCGGAUGGCUUCUACCAGCAGCCAUCAUGGCGCCAGCACCUCCUGCGCCGGUGGAGAUUAAAGCCUCCCGUGUUUCAUCUAAACCUACUCGACGAGCUACUUCCGCUGCGCUAGCUUCGCGUCGCUUACCCAAGCCAAUACGACGCGUCUCGGCACCCGUGGACCUCACCCCAAUAUUGGCCUUGCCCGCUGAAGAUACCCAAUUGACCUCGCGACAUGUCUACUUUGUGGAUAAGGACCCCUCGCCCAUCGUUAGACGUAAUACGAUGCCAGAACCCUCCAAGUCGAAUCCGACAUCGCAAUCUAUCGAUCAACUUAUUCAUGACUCUUUGACGCAUAAUUCACGACCCACACCCUCCACUCAGGCCCACAUAGAAGAAACUCCUGCCGAAUCAGACUCCUCCAGACAUUCCUCCCGUACUUCGUUACUACGACAUUCUCGGUUGCACAAGCUGAAGCUUAAUUUCCAAUCCAAAUCCAACCGUGCAGAGUUACAAGAUAAGCCAUUCGAUCAGAGCUCUCUGGCAAGUACAGAAACCGGAUCAUCAGACAAGUCGGCGCGACGCGCAAGCGCUGGAUUUGUCGCCCCUUGGACCCUGACACGAAACCGGACAGCUUCGGACGUCACAGCGGAGGCUGCAACUCCCUCUCCAUCUCGUUUGUCAUUCCGUCGGCGUGCCUCUCCGUCUCGACCCGGGUCAAGCCCUGCGCGUUGUCCAGCCUCCGCCGCUGCCGAUAUCCUCUCUCCCGUCUUUGCGUCCCGGAAGGCUCAGAAACGGGUUUCUGCCCCUAUACCGCGUACGUCACCGUACGGCGCACCCUAUUUUGCAGCACCUCCUAUCGCAUCGGACACCAACUAUCCAGCAUAUUUGAAGACCCUUCCACAAUUUGAGGAUGAAAUUAAAGGAGCUCCCUCACGGACAGCAUCGGAUGGGGAAGACGUCGAACCUGUUCGAGGACGCUCAUCAAUACGACGAGUCUCGUUAAACCCUCCCCAAGUCUUACCCAAGCGCCGGUCAGCAAGUGAGGAUUGGACUCAGAGGACCUAG